UCCCACCGCCAGUCUCAAUUGUUUAUCAACAAGGAUGCUCCACUUAUAAAACCUCUGCAGCUACUUUAAUAUUGAUUUUUAUUUCUCCGAAAAACAAACAAAUCCCUCUUUUUAAGGGAGCGCAGCCUGAACAUCGGUCCCUUCUCCUGCCGACAGGACAACAUGGUGGUCCGGUUCUCCGCGCUAAUCCUGGCUCUGGCCGCCGUGGCCGGCUCGGUGCUCGGCCUGGGUGAAGACCUGGACCGGCCUCUGUUCGGGCCUCCCGGCUCUCCCAUCCGCGUACACGAGUCCGACGAGGGCUUGAAGCAGGCGCUGCUCUUCGCCGAGGAGCGAUACAACCGCGGCUCCAACGCCCUGCACCUCCGCAAAGUCAACCGGCUGAUCUCUGCCACCAAACAGUUGGUCAAGGGAAUCCGUUACACUAUUACAGUGGAAGUGAGCAACACCCAGUGUAAAAAGUCUACCAUGCUCAGGACAUGUGACUUUUAUCCAGAGCCCCAGAAACUCAAGACAGAGGUUUGCUUGUUCGAAGUGUGGGAUAUUCCCUGGCAGGGAACUUCAACCCUGCUCAAGCAGAAAUGCCAGCUUAAAAGUCAGUCAUCAGGAUUUGAGCCUGAAGCAGAACAGACAAACAACGGAGAGGAUCUAUCCACCAACCAGCCUCUGGAGGGAUCUGUGGAGCUGCUCAGUCAGUUCAAAGAUUUUAUGGUUAAAUAUGAUAAACUCUACAGCAGCCAAGAGGAGGCCGACCGUCGUUUGCGUAUCUUCCACGAGAACCUGAAGACCGCGGAGAAGCUCCAGUCUCUGGAUCAGGGUUCAGCUGAGUACGGAGUUACCAAGUUCAGUGACCUAACGGAGGAGGAGUUUCGCUCCACAUACCUGAACCCUCUCCUGAGUCAGUGGACUUUGCAUCGGCCAAUGAAACCAGCGGCUCCUGCCAAAAGCCCCGCCCCCGACGCCUGGGAUUGGCGCGAUAAGGGAGCUGUCAGUGCUGUUAAGAACCAGGGUAUGUGUGGAUCUUGCUGGGCGUUUUCUGUCACAGGAAACAUUGAAGGCCAGUGGUUCCUGAAAAAUGGGAGUUUGUUGUCCCUUUCUGAACAAGAGCUGGUCGACUGUGAUGGGCUGGAUCAGGCAUGCAAAGGCGGCCUGCCAUCAAAUGCUUAUGAAGCUAUUGAGAAGCUCGGUGGCCUGGAGACGGAGACAGACUACUCGUACACCGGGCACAAGCAGAGGUGUGACUUCACCAACGGGAAGGUGGCCGCCUACAUCAACAGCUCCAUGGAGCUGUCCAAAGAUGAGAAGGAAAUUGCAGCUUGGCUGGCUGAGAAUGGACCGAUCUCUGUAGCGCUGAAUGCCUUUGCUAUGCAGUUCUAUAGGAAGGGUGUGUCUCAUCCUAUGAAGAUUUUCUGCAACCCCUGGAUGAUCGACCACGCCGUGCUGAUGGUGGGAUAUGGAAAUCGUAACAACGUCCCAUUCUGGGCCAUUAAAAACAGCUGGGGGGAGGAUUACGGAGAGGAGGGUUACUACUACCUGUACCGGGGAUCUAAUGCAUGUGGUAUCAACAAGAUGUGCUCAUCUGCUGUUGUCAACUAAGCAUCCACGUCGCAUAUACGUCUUCAUGCCUCCUCAUCUGCCUGCUGAAACCUCCUCGACACUACUCACACAUAUGAUGUGAAGAGGAAACACAUUCAAGUCCUUUUUAAAGGAGACAUAUUAUGACAAAAACGUUUUUUGUGCUAAGAGCACAUGUUCAAAUGUUUGAAGAGACUACUAACUUAAAAAUGUUGAGAUAACAAAACCCUUUCCAUUCUGGGGGCUGAAAAUACAUCAUUCUGUGAGAGGUUCAGAUCUUUAGGGUACUGAGACAAUACAAACCAGAUGAAGAGACAAAUUAUCCAGUUUCCCCGUAAAUAUGUCCUACAGAUUUAACAUUAAGCUGUGUUGCUCUAUAUAUCCAAAGUGGGUAUCUAGAAAUAUUUAACACCAGUUACAAAAGAGCCUCAGACCACAGAAUGAGGGAAGCUGAGGGAAGCUGGUAUGCGAAAAACCAGCUACCAUGAACAAAAGAUGUGGUUGAAAACAGCUCUUUAGAUCUUUUGUUCUUUUUUUUUAAAGAGCAUAAUAUGGCUCCUUUAAAUAGGACAUGUUUUUUGACCUCAAAGCCCACACCUCAUGUCACUUUACAAACUGAUACCAGCUCAAAUAAAUCUAGCUUUUAUGUGCUUCUCAAACUUUACAGUGGAUUUUAAUUUCUAUUUCUGUUUGAAUAGAUGGGUUGUAAUUCAACCCUGCCCGCAGUAACUGAGCCCCUGCUUGAAAUGUUUUAACCUUUUAGUAUAAGACUUUUGUGUGUUGAGCUUUUUCUCAGACGUGGUGUUGUGUAUUUGAAAGGGUCUGUUUAAAAAUAGUAAUAAUAAAGAUAGGAGUUUGGCUUUAAAGUGGUCCGCUUGUUACUGCAAUAAUAAGGAAUGAAUGAAAGUUGAAUUCAAUUGAAUAAAAAUGUGUGAGAAAAA